GACUGACUGCAAGACCUGCAUGUAGCUAUUGUAGCAACACGCUUGUCAUCUUGUCAUCAUGUGAAUCAUACAUGAUGUGUAUGAUAAUAGAACAAUGAACCCGGGAAGGACGAACCGUCUAUUGUGUGUGUUGGUGUUAUAUAAUGGGGGCGUGAGUUGUGCCUCACGUCUCAUAACAUUCUCUAGAUUGAAUACACGUUACUAUGGACAGACAAGGACUUCUUACCUGUAUCAUCCACAUCAUAUUGGUUGUCAUGGUUCCCAUAAAAGCCUUGAAAAUGAGCGAAUCCUGCUUUACUCACCAGUUGACCAAAGUAUGCUCCCGUCAUCGACUCAAGUGUGAUCGUGAUGCUAAAAUUAGAAUCAAUGAAACAUUUUAUGUUGCUAAAAGUGAUAGAUUAGAGUGUUCGAUUAUAACGCCCAACUGCACCUCUGACACAUAUCUAUCAAACUGCUGCAAAUUCGCACCCGGAGAUGUAAAUCGUCAUGUCUUCAACACCACGGAUAGGGAGAUUAUCAAAACUCUUUGUUCUGAUAAGCCGAACUGUGAGUUUCCUGCUCCACGUACCCAAAGUCUAAUUUUCUCUGUGGUUACGUACGAAUGUAUUCAAGGCGAAACCACAGGAAUUGCUGUCGGCGUUGGCAUCGCUGUUGCAGUGGUCACCAUUUAUGGAAUCUUAAUCGUCAUCCUGUGCUAUUUAAAAAGGCGAAGCAAACAGUCACCCCAACAGAACAGAAGAAGGUUGAACACUGCCCUAGCGCCUCUCUACCAUGAAGUGAUGGGCUCACAGCCACUUCCUCGUCAGACCGCCAGUUAUGAGUACGCCACUAUUGAGGAUAUACACGGAGGAAGAGGACCGGAUCCAAAGCCAGUUGUGGGAGGAUAUGAUCACUUGGGGGUCGUGCCCCGGGGGGUCGAUGGGGGACUGGGGGUACACUAUGACUCCGCAGCAUGUGCUAUGCCAGUCUGUCAGCAGGAGAAAGCGGAUGGCGAGAGAGCCAGGUCAGGAAGUAACCUAUACAAUCAUCUGAGUGUCAAGCCGCAGAAGUCAAAGGUCCUACACAACCAGUAUGAUGUUGCUAUGCAAAAGUCACAGAAAUGAAUUCCAUCUGAUCUUGAAUUUAACCGCGUUAGUCCGGACUCUUGCUCUCAGGACGAGUGUGAUAUUUCUUAGGAAAGUUUCCGAACUUUACUGAAAUGAAUAUAACUGCGUAACGCUAUCGUUUUACCUCGUUCAUAUCGACGUUUCCAUUUGGAAGCAUACGGAUUAAUAGAGUUACUUCAAUAGGUAGCAGAAAAAAAGGACAACGUUAAAUUCGGUGCUGUUCAGUGUUUAAAACACUCGAUUUUCUCCUAAAACGAAAUAAUUGCGUGAUCCGUAUGAAACGUCGUGCUCAGUUUGUUCACCGCUUGAAUGUAACAAGAGGAAUUGUCCGGAAUGUGGCAAUUCACGUCUCUGUUAUCAGCGCAUAUAGCUAUUGUUGCCGUCUCUAGUCUACAAAUGUCAUCUCUGUCUUCAGCGAGUGUUUUAAUGUCAUCAGAGAAUGACAUAUUACAUCGGUCGAAGGGUGAGUGAGUGAGUGUGGUUUUACGCCGCUUUUAGCAAUAUUACUGUAACACAAAAGCGGGGGACACCAGAAAUGGGCUUCACGCAUUGUACCCAUGGUCUUCAGAGUGACGAGCGGACGCUUUAACAAUUAAGCCCCACCAGUCAAAGAAAGAGUUACACGUGAAAGCAACUUUUUCUCUUUGGGCGUACACAUUGUAAUACUUAUAUGUAAUCAACAGUACUGAAUCAACAGCAUUCAAUCCGUAACUAUCCAUUAAGCAAUUCCUAUUAUAAUUGUAUUUAUUAAUUGCUGCGGUGAAAGACUUACAUUACGGAAAGAGUAAGACCACAGAAUCAUUGUAACACUUCUAUGUGAAGAAGAUGAUCUGUUUCAGGUAUUUAUAUGAUGGGAAUGGAAGGGAAAAAGAGAAAUAAAUUUUGUAAUAGUUGCCUUUAUCUGAUUGCUCUUGUAUUGGAUAUAAAAAUAGAGGCUAACACAUGACAGUUGAGUACAGGUCAACAGAUAACAGAGACACGCUGACAUUUUUGCCACGGUCAGGCAGCAAAAUGGUGACGAUAUACAUUCUUGUAAUACUUUCAUUUCUCUUAUUAGUCACGACAGUUGCAGGGAUAGGAUGUCCAAAUGGAUGGAUCCGGUUUGACGGUUCCUGCUACGUGUACAGCAGCCUUGACCGUACAUUUAUUCAUGCUUCGAGUUUCUGUAAGGAGUUGGGAGGCUACCUGGUAGAAAUAGAGUCCGAAAAGGAGUCAAACUUUGUGACCAAUUUCCUAAACGAGCAUAUAGUGAAAAACGGAGUGUGGCUGGGAGGAAACGACUUGAUGGCGGAGGGCUACUGGGUGUGGGACAAGUCGGAGGAGCCCUUUAACUACACCAACUGGAACCCAGCAGAACCUGACCAGUCAUCUGCUGGUGAGCAGGACUGUCUGUCCGUCUGGAAGAGAGGAAACUACCAAUGGGCUGACCACUACUGCGACAGACCGGAUCUUGCAUCUCUUUGCGAGAAAGAUUUUGUCGGAUGUACCAACUGAGCAACGCUGGAGUAAUCACAAGUCUUUGUGGGUUAGGCUGUCUCUAUGGGGAACUGUCCAUCAAUAACAGAUUACGACCAUUACAUCGCUUUAUCCCGGCAAAUAAACUGAUACUGUGAA